GCUCAGAGCAACGGCGUUCAGACGUCUCCUGUGAGAUGUUUUGGUUAUCUUCAUCUUGGAGAAAAGUUGCUCACACUGGGAAUAAAACAUGGAGCAAUUCAACCUGAACUGAGCAACCUUUUUAUCUCUACUCAGGCAUUAAAACAUAUUUCAGGGUUAGCAGGAAGUGUUCAGUUCAAGGUGCUUCCUGUUCCCUCCCCCUCUGCUUUGCAGACGUCAUGAUAGGAGGAACCAGUGAAACGCCCUUUAGUAACCUAAUGUUUACGCCAGAGCUGAAGCCAGUUUCUGUUCUACAAAACAGAAACUCACACAGUCGUUACUGAGAGCUGAAAUGGAGAAGAGAGGAGUUCAGAUGGAUAAAAUCUCCUGUUCCAUCUGUUUGGAUCUACUGAAGGAUCCGGUGACUAUUCCUUGUGGACACAGCUACUGUAUGAACUGUAUUAAAGAUCACUGGGAUGGAGAAGAUCAGAGGAGAAAAUACAGCUGCCCUCAGUGCAAGAAAGAGUUCAAACCGAGACCUGUCAUGGAGAAGGACAUCACGUUAUCGGAGUUGUUGGUGGAUCUAAGGAAAACUGAACCCUCAGCUGCUCCAGCUGAUCACUGUAAUGUUGGACCUGAAGAUGUGGCCUGUGACGUCUGCACUGGGAGGAAGAGGAAAGCUGUCAAGUCCUGUUUAUCAUGUCCAGCUUCCUACUGUAAGAAUCACCUCCAACCUCACUAUGAUGCUCCACCGUUAAAGAAACACAAGCUGGUGGAUCCCUCCAAGAACCUCCAGCAGAGCAUCUGCUCUCGACAUGAUGAGGUGAUGAAGAUCUUCUGUCGUACUGAUCAGCAGUGUAUCUGUUAUCUCUGCACUAUGGAUGAACAUAAAGGCCAUGAAACAGUCCCAGCUGCAGCAGAAAGAGAUGAGAAGCAGAAGAAGCUCCAGGAGAGUCGACAACAAAUCCAUCAGAGAAUCCAGGACCAAAAGGAAGAUGUGAAGCUGCUUCAACAGGAGGUGAAGGCCAUCAAUGUCUCUGCUGAUAAAGCAGUGGAGGACAGUGAGGAGAUCUUCACUGAGCUGAUCCAUCUCCUCCGGAAAAGACGCUCUGAUGUGAAGCAGCAGAUCAGAUCCCAGCAGGAAACUGAAGUGAGUCGAGUCAAAGAUGUUCAGGAGAAGCUGGAGCAGAAGAUCACUGAGCUGAAGAGAAAAGACGCUGAGCUGGAGCAGCUCUCACACACAGAGGAUCACACCCAGUUUCUCCUCAACUACCCCUCACUGCCAGCACUCAGGGAGUCGACACACUCAUCCAGCAUCAACAUCCGUCCUCUGAGACACUUUGAGGACGUGACAGCAGCUGUGUCAGAGCUCAGAGACAAACUACAGGACGUCCUGAGAGACACGUGGACAAACAUCGAACUGACGGUCACUGAUGUGGAUGUUCUACUGUCAGAACCAGAACCAAAAAACAGAGACGAAUUCUUAAAAUAUUCACAGGAAAUCACUCUGGAUCCAAACACAGCAGACAGAGUUCUGUUAUUAUCUGAGGAGAACAGAAAAGCAACAGUUGUGCUUAAUCCAGAACAAUUUCGUCUUUAUAAUCCAAGUUUAGGUACUUUUUGUUUUCAGGUUCUGAGCAAAGAGAGUCUGACUGGACGUUGUUACUGGGAGGUGGAGUGGGGCGGGAGCGCUUUUCGUGUAGCAGUUUCAUUGAAGAACUUUGGCAAUGUACGACAGGUAAAUGAAUCUGUAUUUGGAUCAAAUAGUAAUUCCUGGGCAUUGCGUUGUGAUGAAAAAAGUUACAUAUUUAUCCACAAUGAUGUGAGAACUCCAGUACCAGGUCCAGUUUCCUCCAGAAUAGGAGUGUACCUGGACCACAGAGCAGGUGUUCUGUGUUUCUACAGCAUCUCUGGUACCAUGACUCUCCUCCACAGAGUCCAGACCAGAUUCACUCAGCCUCUGUAUGCUGGGAUUUCUCUUUAUCAUGGCGGCUCUGCUGAGUUGAUUGAUGUGAAAUAGUCUGAACUGAUCUUAGGUCUAGUUGGGUAAAAUGUCUAUUUCAGUCACAUUUUUGUCUCAUUUCUUCACUGCUCCAAGAUCAGAUGACUUAAUAUCUGCACUGAUUGUAUAAGUUACUCAAAUUCAGGCUUUAAAAUAAUUACUGAAUUUAACGGUUUUAUUUGUCCCCAUUUUGAAGCUUUGUGUGACAAAGAAAAUUAUUUGUGAAUGAUUUUAUGGUUGUUGUAUAGAAGAAGUCAGAUGUAGUAACCAGUUAAUUCAAAAAUAAUAACAUAUAAAAGCAACUGAAAUAAAUUUGACUACUGUUCACACAUAAGUCGCAUACAGUCAUAACCUGGAUGUGGUGCCACACACCCAGCCUAGAUAAAUCUAAAUAAAUGAGUGAAUAAUAGACUUCCUGAGAACUCAUUGGUAUUUUGAAAAGGUAACGGUGGAUUGUAACUUGUUAUUUUUUCACACAUUACUGUAAUUAAGUACAAUUUGACUGUACAUUGUAGGUUUUUAAGUUGUUUAGAAAACCUGAAGUUUGACU